AAUAAUAAAACAGGAAUAGGUUGGUACCGGAGAAAGAAACGUUUCACUCGCUGAUUGGUCGCAUCGCUUGGCCCCGUCUCUGUAUGCCCUCGGGAAGGGCCGCUGACGUCAUCUUCACACUUUUGUCGUCACUUCCUUUGUGACUCGUGGUGACCACGGCGUUGAUGGUAAGUACUCAGCGGUCAGCUUCAUUAACAAAAGAGUGUUGACGACGCACAGUCAAGAAACUUUCUGGAGACAAAUUUUCUCACCGACUUUAUCCACGAGGCCUGUAAUUUACCGUCUCUGAACCCAGCAACUUGAUGUCUCCGAUUAUCGAUGACCAGCCAGACAGGCAGCCCUCAGCCUAAACCAAAGCCGAGAUCCAAACGAGAGAUGUGAACACGCAGCAGUGAGAGGACUGGCUCUUCAUCUCGUUUGUCAGUUGUCACCCUGACAGCGCGCGGCGUCCUCGUCCCUCACUGCGCUCCGUCAAAACCUGUCUUCCCUUCGACCCCCUCGCAGGUUCAUCUCCACGAUACGCAGUGUUCAGCAAAACUGCUCUCGACUCUUGGUUAACCUCUUUGGCAAUAGUUCGAACAGGGUUAGUCCGUAAGCAGGGUAAAAGAAUGCAGCUGCUGUGAUUGUUGGACAUCUUCCAUGACACGACCUGUAUGCCGAGCGGUGCUGAUACUGUAUACAGGAGCCAGGUUCUGUGACUAGCCAACAUGGGGAGACACUUUCUGCCUGAGUGGUGCUCAGUCUUCGCACAUCGCCACCUCUUCGGAGUUCUGCUGACAAUUCUUCUCCUGUUUGCGGCUCCCUUCAGCAGCAAGACCGACAGACCAGGAGCUCAGGGACAACCUAAUGGUGAAUAAGCGAGGGAGAGCAGAAGCUCCAUCAAGAUCUGACACACCAACCCUGCUUCUGUCGGCGACAGUGUCUUCUACAGGUCAAAGUUCUGACUCUUACCUCGACUCGCACUGGCAAAAGAUUAUAAAAACCAGUGACACGAAUGGCGCGCAAAACUCCAACAUAACUGACUUGGAAACCAUCCUGUCCGACUACUACGAGUCGUGGUCAGGAUGGAGCCCUUGUAACCGGAAGUGCUCCGGACUCGUGUGCGCAGAUGUCGAGGUGCGCGGCGCUGUGGCAAGGCCGUGCUGAGAGAGAACCGCCAUUGCCGACGGGGAGGUGGCGCGUGUCCUCCCUCAGUUUCAAUGAAGAACUCGGGCCUACGCCGACGACACGACUUCAUCGAGCGCGUGCUGUACGACGCCUUCUACACUGACUGGUCGCCCUGGGGAGUGUGCACGCGCUCGUGUCGUCAGAGUCGUCGGCGGAAGUGCAUCGUGCGCAACGUCUGCAGCAACGUCUUCGUCCAGGAGAUGCGACGCUGCAGCGUGUCCGGCUCGAAGUGUCCGCGCCGGAGCCUGCUUCCUGCCUACGACUUGUUGAACACCUGGCUUCACGCCGAUGACAGCAGCAGCUUCGGCGGCAAGGACACCGGCCUCGUCCAUCCGAGUGCGAUGUCCAGCAUGAAGAGGGGAGUACCAACACUACCGCUGUCCUCGUCAUCAUCAUCAUCUUCACCAGCUGCUGAGAAGCUGAACAGCGAGGCUUCCGGUGCCAGCGAGAUUGGUAGCGUGCAGGGAGUCUGCGGACUGAGGCCAGCGGUCACGAGAGGUUCGUACCGCGUGGUCGGGGGACAGGAAGCUCAGAGACACAGCUGGCCCUGGCAGGUAGCGGUUCUUACUCGUCGUGAGGAACAGUACUGUGCCGGGACUCUGAUAGCCCCGCAGUGGGUGCUGACUGCUGCUCACUGUGUCCAGAAAAAAGGGCGACAGCGAAGGAUCGUACUAAGGGUGGGAGAACAUAAUUUGGAGGAGUACGAGAACACAGAAAAGGAAAUAUGGCCGAAUCCAGCAGACGUCUUCCCGCACCCGCACUUUGACUACACCAACAUCACCAAUGACAUCGCCCUGGUGCACCUGAACAGGCCCCUGAAGCUGGAUAGCCAGGUAGGCUUCGCGUGCCUGCCGGACGAGCACUUCACGCCAGACCCCAAGAGUCUGUGCUACAUCCUGGGCUGGGGCAAGACAAGGAGCACGCACGUCUUCGGCGCCGACAGCCUGCACGAGGCGGAGGUGCCGUUGGUCAGCCGCAAGCGCUGCCAGCGUGUCUUCGAGUAUGAGAUCACCGAGACACAGCUGUGCGCCGGCAGCCAACGGGGCGGCACAGACUCGUGUGCCGGCGACAGUGGUGGCCCCUUGCUGUGCCCCAAGACGGACAGUGCCACCGACACGACGCGCUGGUUUCUGAUGGGCAUCACCAGCUAUGGCGAGGGCUGCGGCAAGAAAGGAAAGUACGGCAUCUACACUCGCGUGCAGAGUUACUUGGACUGGAUCCACGAAACCGUUAACUCCAACCGACAAUCGUGACUAAACGAGUUGGGUAGUAAUAGUCGCUGAAAGGAAUUCCUCCAUUCUUCGCGAGACAAAGUUGGGGCGGCACAGACUCGUUUGCCAACGACAGUGUUGUUGCUGUGCCCCAAGACGGACAAUGCCACCGACACGAUUUGCUGGCUUCUGAUUAGUGUCGACAUUGGUGACUAAAAGGUUGAGAGGUGUUCUCCUUCACCCCUUCACCAUCUUCACCCCGCGUACAGACUUUUUUCUUUCAUUAUAUAAGUCCACAAUUUUAUUAAAUUGUUUAUAGAUAUUUUCUUCUUAGACAGCAGUGCAUAUUGUCUAUCUUGUACCAAAAUGUGAGCUUCACGGGGAGUCUUGACAAAAAGAAUGCAUCAGACUUACUUACAUUCAACACAGAACCUAAACAGAUAUGUGUUGUAUAUACUAAGCCACUUCAGGUUAGGUUCGCUCAGCCGAAAGUUUGUGAUUGCUCAAUCAUCUGUAAUGUCUGCCUUCAGACAGGCUGCGUAGUCGCUAUAUGAUGAACUUCUUUGUUGCAAAGCAACAUUUAACAUGUCUACAGCAGAGGAUGCCUGCUCAAAAUUUAUGAUUGUGUCUCGCCUAGUGCGAAGGCGCGUAUCAGGACGCAGUUGCGGGAAGAAGCUGUUUAACCCAGGAGCAGACCUUCCAACAUGGUGGCGGGAUGUGCUUGGGGUGGGCAGGGAAAUGACAGAUCUUCUGACAAUGCCUACUUUCGUGAUGAUUUGUAGGGUCAGAGCUUGAAUCCGAUUACCAUGAUCAUGUCUUAGCUAGGGUUGCUUGUAUCUUUCCUUAAGAGAUAGAAUUGCUGCUUCAAAAGAUCAUGCUUAAUAUUUUUUUUUUUAAAACCCAGUGAACUUUUUUUUAACAGAAGAAAACGAUUAGGAAGAUGAAAUGACACAUCAUCGAGGUUUUCUAUGAAACUACGCAUUCAAGCUUUAUUUCCUGUCAUUAAAACAAAGAACAAAAUCUGCGUGUGCCAGGUGUUCCUUCCCCUCGUCUCAGCAAACCAAUCUGUACCUAAAUAAAAACUUUUUAUGUAAAUACAAUGCCUUGGUAUUAAUCACUGAUAAUACAAAGGUUGAAAAAGUGUCGAAUAAAUGUAGGUGAAAGUGAUAUCAACAGCAAAGUUUAAUAUUGAUGUAAAUGCUAAGUCUUAACAUAAAAUAAAAUGUUCGCCAAGGUAACCCAAGGUAAAUGCGAUGGUCUUAAGAUCGUUGGACAACGCCUUCGUUUAAUCUGUGAUAAGCUUUAGCUUCCUGGGUUGAUGC